UGAAUGUUUAGACCACGUCUGGUCGCCCAUCAAUCGGUACCAACAGCAUCAGCAGAGCCCACCUGGACGAACACGAAUAAAGUGAUGAAAAAGUAGUUGUACCUGUAAAUGCCGUACUAGUGACCAGCGCGGAAGUGGAGUAAGGGCGGCUGCUGCUGCACACAUAUGGUCUAAGCUUUUGCAGUAGUUGUGAUUUCAGCUGUAUACAUUUAAAGGCAGCAGAGCCCAGCGCUGACCGUCGUCGCCCCCCACCUAUGUCCCGUAAAGCCAGUGAUAAUGUGGAGUAUACUCUGCGGAGCCUGAGCAACCUGAUGGGCGAGAAAAAGCGAAGGAAGCAGGAUGAGGGAGCCGGGGAGAGGAGCUUGAUAGCCGCAGCGGACUCCUGUACUAGUAUCAACAGCCAGGGGAUAGGGGCCAGCGGGGGGACCGGACCUGCUUCAUCCUCCGCAGAAUUGGAGCGGGCCGCCCGCAAACAGUUCCAGCAGGAUGUCACCCCGGGCUUUGUCUACGUUCUCUCGGUGUUCUCCGCCCUGGGGGGCUUUCUGUUUGGCUAUGACACGGGGGUUGUGUCCGGGGCCAUGCUGCUUCUUAAGAAAGAGAUGAACCUGUCGGCUCUAUGGCAGGAGAUGCUGGUCUCCAGCACGGUAGGGGCGGCAGCCGUGUCAGCUCUGGCUGGAGGGAUGCUGAAUGGAGUAUUUGGGCGCAGACCGUGCAUCCUGCUGGCCAGCUUUCUAUUCAUGGUGGGAGCCGCUGUGCUGGCUGCUGCACCGGACAAGGAGACGCUGCUUGGGGGGCGAGUGGUAGUGGGACUCGGCAUAGGUAUUGCUUCUAUGACUGUCCCGGUAUAUAUUGCCGAAGCAGCUCCGCACCAUUUGCGAGGAAGACUGGUUACCAUAAAUACUCUCUUCAUCACAGGCGGGCAGUUCUUUGCAGCGGUUGUGGAUGGCGCAUUUAGUUAUCUUGCAAGAGAUGGCUGGAGGUAUAUGCUUGGACUUUCAGCGGUUCCUGCAAUUCUUCAGUUCCUUGGUUUCCUUUUCCUUCCAGAAAGUCCUCGUUGGCUCAUUCAGAAAGGCCAGACACAAAAGGCUAGAAGAGUUCUAUCUCAGAUUCGUGGUAAUCAAACAAUUGAUGAAGAAUAUGAUAGUAUUAAAAACAGUAUUGAUGAAGAAGAGAAAGAAAUGGGAGCAGGUGGCCUAGUUAUUUAUAGAAUGUUCAUUUACCCUCCUACACGACGUGCACUUUUAGUAGGUUGUGGACUUCAAAUGUUCCAACAACUGGCCGGUAUCAACACAGUUAUGUAUUACAGUGCUACAAUUUUACAGAUGUCUGGUGUGAAUGAUGACAGCAUGGCUAUUUGGCUUGCUGCAGUUACAGCAUUUACUAAUUUCAGUUUUACACUGGUGGGUGUAUGGCUUGUAGAAAAAGUUGGAAGAAGGAAACUCACCCUUGGAAGUCUGGCAGGUACUACGGUGGCCCUUAUUGUUCUUGGUUUGGGAUUUUUGCUGUCUGCUCAGGUCUCACCACCAGUUACAUUUACACCAAGUGAUCCUUCAACCCAGAAUUCCAGUUGCACUAAAUAUAGGUAUUGUAAUGGAUGUAUGUUAGACCCUUAUUGCGGUUUUUGCUACAAGACGAACAGCUCUGGCAUUAUUGAAUCAUCGUGUAUUCCUAUUGCUUCAGAAACAACAGAGAGGUCUGCUUGGGGCAGGUGUUCAAAUGAAACCAUUUCCAAAUUGGAUAGUUCGUUUUGGGCUUAUAAUUACUGUCCUACCCCAUAUUCUUGGACGACACUCAUUGGUCUCAUUUUAUAUUUGAUUUUCUUUGCUCCUGGAAUGGGACCAAUGCCAUGGACUGUCAAUUCUGAAAUCUAUCCCCUGUGGGCAAGAAGUACAGGGAAUGCAUGCUCCUCUGGUGUCAACUGGAUAUUUAAUGUACUCAUUUCUCUCACUUUUUUACAUACAGCCGAAUACCUUACAUAUUAUGGAGCUUUCUUCCUGUAUGCAGGAUUUGCUUCUGUUGGACUCGUAUUUAUUUAUGGCUGCCUCCCAGAGACUAAAGGAAAAAAACUAGAGGAAAUUGAAUCUUUAUUUGAAAACAGGCUUUGUACAUGUGGUGCCUCUGAUACAGAUGAGGGGAGGUAUAUAGAAUAUAUUCGAGUGAAGGGAAGUAAUUAUCAUCUUUCUGACAAUGAUGCGUCUGAUGUGGAAUAGUUUCUAUCUGCAGAUGCUUUUUAAUCAUUUAAAAGCCUUCUGGGGAAGGACAGCUAUGGGUGACCUCAGUCCUGCUUCUGGUCUGGUUCUUUCUACAGUUCAAAACGAACACAUUAAUAUCACAAUUUUAUUGAGUUUGGAUGGAGAUUUUCAUGGAAAGAAGAGCAAAACAGCAAACAAAUCACUUUUUUUUGUUUUAACUUAUUUUACAUUUAUGUCAAAGUAUAAAUAUUUUGGAAGCAAUCAUCUUCUAUCUUUAUAACAGAUUAUCUGGUUUACACAGUUUACUGCUACAUCGGUAGAAUAAGAUGUUUGUUUCAAGUCUUCCUUUGUUUACAUUUGCGGGGAAAUGCACAUGAUCAAAAUGCCAAUGGAAAAUAUUGCACAAUUUGGAUUUUUUACUAGGCGCAACAUUUUUAAUGUGAAUGUUUUCCAGAAAAAUUUUAUAUUCUGUAUUUUGCUUUACUUUUUUCUUUAACGAAAAUAGAACAUUCCAAAACAAAUUAUGGUACAUUUUAUUUUGUAGAAUUUUGGGUUAUGAAAUGUAACACUAACCUUACAUGAAAGCACAAAACAAAUAUUCAUGUUGGCAGCUAUCUGCUAUCCUCAUUGUACAAAACUGUUAAAAUACUCAAAAUUGUUUUAUCAAAAAGCUUGUGCACCAAAACAAUCCUGAAAAUCUCAGUCUCUCUCUCUCUCUCUCUCUCUCUAUUUAUAUUAUUUUGAAUCUUUAAAAAAAGGUUUCUUCUUAAUGUGGCUAAUUAAUGUUGAACUACAAUCAAGCAUAAUGUUGCAUAUUUGUAUAUUUUAAAAACUGUUGUUGGAAGCAAAAUGGGAGCCUAUAUUUGUUGUUAUACAGUCUGCAAAUUUGUGUAUGUAUGAAAUAUAUUAUUUAUUAUCUGCA